AUGAAGUCUGUACUGUCUGUGGCGGUUGCUCUCGCUCUCGCGGGUGCGCAACUCGCGCUGGCGGCAGCCAAAUACCCCGUCAACGUCGAAAUCGACCUCGUCUUCCCCCAAAACGGGACCUACAACAUCGCUAAAGACUUCCCUGUCGUCUUUGCGAUACAAAAUGCCGACCCAUUUCUCACAUGGAGGCCGUACUUUUCAUGGGAGAUAAGAUCCCCCAACAACACCAACGGGAGACCGGACGCGCAAAGCAGCGUUUCAAUUCGUGGUGAUGUGCCCUCUGAUGUUGUCCACAACAUGUGGUGGUCAUCGUCAUCGGCUGGCGCGUCGAAUACACUCGCACCGGGUCACUACACCAUGAACUGGACCUUGAGUAUCAUCACAUGCACACGGAACGGACGCCUUAGGUCCUCAGAGAGUAGGACGUUCCUCAACGGGACCAUGGGCUUCACCACGGUUAGCGAUGGCUCCGGCAAGGAUGUCGACUUUACGGCCGCGUGUCCACUGUACCAGGGAACGGUGAGGGGGUCGGCACCGGAGAUGGACGGCGAGAGGUUGCUUUGUCCGUACAUCGAUGUUAAUAGGGACGCAAAGACGAAUGCGUGUCGGGCAAAGGUGUGGGAGAGUAUGGCGGCAUGCAUCACGCAUAACCUGACGCAUUAUAAUACGAAAGACUUUGCGCCAUGUCAGAAAGCGAUUGAUGAAGCCCCCAAGGAUAUUGGAGGGGGCGUGAGUGAUGAUGGAGGUAGCGCUGGGGGAAGCGAGGGAGGUAAAAACGGCACGGAUGAUGGUAAUGCGAAGGACAAGGAGGGUGGAGCGGGAGUAUAUGUGGUUUCGACGUUGCUUCUAUGUCUAUCUGUUCUGUUGAGCUUGGGCCUAUAA